UACGUAAAUAAGUAGUCUAACAUACAUACGUAAAUACAUAUAUAAACAGAUAUUUUUACAACAAUAAUCAUUCUUCUUGUAGAAACACCUCAAAACAACAACUAACAACAUGAUCGCCAAGAUUGUUGCCGUCCUCUGCUUCUUCGUCGUAGCUCAGGCUGCCUAUAUUGGCACCAACCUCGGUUAUGGUUAUGGCUCUUUAGGCUAUGGUGGAUACGGUGCUUACGGGGCCCCUGUCGUAGCCGCCGGUGCCUAUAACCCUCUUGCGAAUUACGCCGGGAUUACCGGAUACGGCGGAUACGGCCUCGGCGGUUACGGUAGAUUCGGCUGGUAAAUAACUGUGUUAAUUGAUUUGGUUCUUCUAUUAUUUAUUUGUAAAACCUUCUUGUUAACAAUGCAUGAUACAAUGGAUUUCUCUUUCUAAAUAUUUGUGCGUAAAAUAAAAUCUUUUGAAU